GUUGUCAUUCUCGUCAAUUACUUUUACUCUUUCUAUCUAUGGAGUGUACGUAAUCCGUCGUUGUACUGGGGUUUGUACACGGGGGCAAAAUGUGGGUAAAUAGGAAGGGGAUACCUAGACCCUAAGGAUUCUCUCAACCCAGUCCCCCAGCAGUCAGAGAAGGUGGCGGACCUCAUUGAGGCAAACCUGGGCCGUUGGCACUAAAAUGUCCUUAAGUAGUGGCACUGCAGGCGGGAAAGGUGUGGACUCGAAUGCGGUGGACACUUACGACAGCGGUGAUGAGUGGGACAUCGGUGUAGGAAAUCUGAUUAUCGACCUAGACGCUGACUUAGAAAAGGACAAACUUGAGAUGUCUGGAACCAAGGACGGCGGGGGUAUGACGGCUCCGCCCAGUGCUGUUGCAGCUUUGCCUGACAACAUCCGAUUUGUUAGUCCUGUACCUGGCCCUCAAGGCAAGGAGAGUAAAUCUAAAUCCAAACGCAGCAAAAACUCAAAAGACAAUACUAGCAAGGUCUCAGCUGGAGAUGGGGCCAAGAAAGAAGGGCAGACGCGAACCCAAGGGGAACCAACCAACACUGGUGCUACUGCAGGAGCCACUAGCAACAAUUCCACUACUGGCAAAGGAAUGGAGAAGGGUGGCAAAGUCUCUCGGAGCAGUGGUAAAAAAGACAAGGAAGGGGCAAGUGGGAAAAGUAAGAAGGAGAAAAGCGAGGGAGUGCCAGUGGUGGUAAUAGCUGCCACUGAAAAGGAGGUGGUUUCUCAAGUAGCUUUGGGGGUUAACCGUAGUGCCCCCUUUGAGAACACACAAUCUACAGACUUGGUAGGGGACGAUCAGCUGGGAAAUAUUGCACUUGAGUCUGUUGGGAUAGUUCCAGCAUUGACAAUUAAAACUGAACCGCAGGAGCUGGACAAUGUAGAAUGCAGAACAUUAAAGAAAGUGAAAAAUGAAAAGAUGGAAUCUCCUGUCUCCACACCGGCCCCUCCCCCCCUCCACAUCCUGGCCGCCGUGGGCGACAACAUCGCGUCCCCGUGCGAGCAGAUAAUGGUGCGCACGCGCUCGGUGGCGUCCAACACAUCAGACGCGUCCCUGGCCACGGAGCCCGAUUGCCUUGGUCCCUGCGAGCCCGGGACUAGCGUCAACCUGGAGGGCAUUGUGUGGCAAGAGACCGAAGACGGCAUGCUGGUGGUGAAUGUGACCUGGAGGAACAAGAGCUACGUCGGUACCCUGUUGGACUGUACUCGACACGAUUGGGCACCUCCCAGGUUCUGUGAGUCUCCCACCAGUGACUUGGAGAUGAGGAAUGGCCGGGGCCGGGGAAAGAGGAUGAGGCCCAACAGCAACACACCCGUCAACGAGAACAGCAACUCGUCGGACAACAAGGGCAGCGGCACCAGCAAGACACGCGCCGCCAACAACAACAGUAAGGGCCGGCGGGGCAGCCAGACGUCGUCGGAGCGCCGCACGCCACCCAACAGCAACACAGAGGACGUCAAGGCCAGCCCCUCAUCGGCCAGCAAGCGCAAGUCCAAACCUGCCUCAGACAUGGAGCCCAACUCCAGCUCUGAGGACACCAAAGGCAACAAGCGCAUGCGCACCAACUCCAACAGCGGCGGAGGGGCGCCUCCCCCUGUCCUUCCCCCCAUCCCCUCAAUUAAAACUGAGUCCCAGCCUCCGACGCUCGACCGCAACUGCCCCUCGCCGGUCCUCAUCGACUGCCCACACCCCGGGUGCAACAAGAAGUACAAGCACAUCAACGGCCUCAAGUACCACCAGGCACGCGCACACAACGACGACGACGACAUCAAGCUGGACCUGGAUGGGGACAGUGAGUACGGGGAGGACUCCACGCUUCACCCUGAGCCGGGAAACUGCAACGGGGCCUCCAGUUCUCACAAAGGCUGCCUGUCUCCCGCACGGUCCGUCACCCCAAAAGGAAGGGGCUUUGACUGCCAGAGUCCGUCUCCUUCCCCUGGCAAGUUUGGUUCCAAACAGAGUAAAAAGAAAGGUGGUGACGCUGACCCUGAAGCAAGCGGCAUGCCGAUAGAAGGCUGUGACGACGGGCCCUGUCUCACCGACGAGGCCAGCAACGACGGCAUGGAAAAGUCCAAGUCCCACAAAAAGUCCAAGACCGACAAACUUUCUCAGAAGAACAUGAAGUCAUCGUCCCGGCCUGUACCACCAGGGAGCGUAGCUUCCCAGCAGCUCUACUCCCUACAGGCCACCUCUUUCCCUGCAGGGGGGAACCCCAAUGUCUCCCUAGGGAUCCCCCCUAUGAUACAGGGCAUCCCCAAAAGCCCCCAGAUGAAGGGCGCCCAGCCCACCAAACCUCCCGCCGCGACGGGAGACCCUCCCGCGCUGAACCCUGCUUCCGGUGCCUCAAAAGAGAAGAAGAAGAAGGAGAAGAAGAAGAGAGACAGCAGGAAGGAGGCAGACAGCCCCAAGCCUCCGGGUAAAGGGGGGAAACCAGAAGAGGGCAAGAGCCCCUACUCUGAGUCCUCAGAGCCAGGAAAAGGUGACGGGCUACUUAACGGCUCCUCUGACCCUCACCAGAGCCGUCUUGCCAGCAUCAAGGCAGAGGCGGAUAAGAUCUACAGCUUCACCGACAACGCCCCCAGUCUGUCCAUAGGGGUGGCCAGCCGGAUAGAGGGCACGGGAAUGCCUCAGCCCCUCACGCCUCUCCACGUGGUCACCCAGAAUGGUGGCGGAGCCGACAACUCCUCGGUCAAGACCAACAGCCCGGCGUACUCGGACAUCUCGGACGCAGGGGAGGACGGCGAGGGCAGACUUGUGGAAGGGGUGAAGGUCAAGGUGGAGGACCAAGGCAUCAGAGAAGGAGCCAAGAAAGCCUUGUUCCCCAGCCAGACGCCCAACAAGGAGUCUCCGUACUAUGCCGGCUAUGAGGCCUACUACUCGCCCAACUACACCUGCCCCAGCCCCGGUGCCGCCAACCCGGGCAUGCCGCACACCGAAAGUCCGGCGGUGAAAGUGAAGCGUGAGGACGAACAGGAGAAUGUGGAAGACAAGGUCAAAGUGGAGCCUCACGAAGAUCGCAAACCCGAGAUGAACGCCUCCAGUCAACAACAACAACAUCAUCAUCAACAGCAGCAGCAGCAGCAGCAGUCAGUCAUCCAACAGCGCUCCAACAUGUACAUGCAGCCUCUCUAUUACAACCAGUACUCCUACGUUCCCCCGUACGCCUACCACCCGGACCAGGCCUACCACAACCACCUGCUCAACACCAACCCGGCCUACCGGCACCAGUACGAGGAGCGCCAGCGCCAGGUGAUCUCUGAGCAGCACCGGGCGGCAGUGGCAGAGAAGAAGAGCUCUGACGCGGCGGCCAUGAAGGAACGCGAGGCCUCCAUGAAGGAGGAGUGGAAGCAGAAGGCCUUGGGGCCGCCCACUCUCUCCAAGGCCCCUGGCAAGACAGACAGCCUGGCCAACAAGACCCAACAGAACCAGGGUAAGACCAGAGACUCUCCAUCGGAGCCCUCCAAGGCCUCCGCCACAGGCCUGAAAGGAGAGGUAUCUAAGUCCCAGCAGGCCGAAGGACUGAAGAUGAAGCUGAGUGAAGGGGGGCACCAUGGGAAGGAGGACUCCAAGCCAAGCCUGGACUCCAGAGCGGGGAUAGAGCAAGCCAUGUGGUACAGACAGCAGACCCAGAUGGAGGACGAGCAGCAACAACCACCACCACCGCGGUGGAAAGACGAGCGAGACCGAGAGCGAGAGAGAGACCGCGACCGCAAAGGGAAGGACGACAGGCCCAACAGGCCCAAGGAGAGUGGCGGUCCCAAAGAGGAGGAUGGCGCUGGUCCGAAAGAGGGCCCAGACCCCAGAACGUCUUCUGCUGAGGACCAACGGGCCAUGGGCAAAGACCCUCGCGCCAAUGCCCACAUGCAGUUCUCCUCAGCCCUGGCGCAGCAUCAGGGCUACAUGCCCUAUAUGCAUGGUUACCCUUAUGGGCAGGGCUAUGACCCCAGCCACCCCGGGUACAGAGGCAUGCCCACGGUCAUGAUGCAGAAUUACCCAGGUUCCCCCUACCUGCCCGCGGGCUACCCGUUCUCCCCUUACGGCGGCAAGAUGGCCGGCGGUGAGGAGGAGGCGAGGGGAGGUGACAAGUCGCGCGCCAGCCCCACGGUGAGCGGCAAGGCAGCUUCGGUGGACUCCAAGGCCCUGGACAUCCUGCAGCAGCACGCCAGCCAGUACAAGAGCAAGUCCCCCACGGUGGGCGACAAGCCGUCCCAUGAGAGGGACAGGGGAGAGAGGAGCGGCGGGGAGAGGGACAUGGAGCGGCCACGCUCCUCGCCCUCCCAGCGCAUCAUGCCCUCCCAUCACCACCUGGGAUACCCGCUGCUCUCGGGCCAGUAUGAUCUGUCCUACACUACAGGUCUCUCGUCAUCAGCUAUUGUUGCCAGUCAGCAAGCCGCAGCUCCCUCCCUCUACCCCCCGGCGCGGAGAUGAAAACGGGAGCCGACACCUCGCCACCCUGCAAAGAUUCAUGUGACUGGCUCACAUGAGGAAGCCCUGGGCUCGGAGUCCAUUUUAGACAUCAGUUGAAUGGUGUUUCUAUAUUUUUAGUUCUCUGCCUGAAUGUCCGGCAGAUUCUUUUUUUCUUCUCCUAGCAGCAUCUUUUUCCCUCGUUUCCCUCCUGCCCCACCGUGGACUAGGACUGACCUCACCCAAGGUUCAAAGCCAUCACUGUCUGCCCAUGUGCACACCUCCGCUGAUAUCUAUUGGUCUUUGCACUGUUGAUGAACGAACACAUGCAAAAAUAGACCAACUGUGACUGCCUGAAAAGCUGAAAAGGGUUUCUGACUGCAUAGUCUUUUUUAGUCCCGUGCAGAACGGGGCUGGGGGGGUGAUGGGGGAGGGGUCAAACUAAAAUAAAGACUGACAAAACUAAACAAGUGAAUCAUGUUGAAAUGUUUGAACUUGCUGUUGUUGGCCUGUUGUGCGCAGUGUGCCAGUAUAUACUGACAAUGGUCAUUAGUAGGUUUACUGUGUGUGGUGAGAGGACGCUUGAGGAGAGAGGCUCAACCUCCUCAGACUUCUAUAGGUGUUGAAGGGUUUGUUUUCUCGUCCCUCAACCAGCCAUUUGCUCGCUAAACACCUCUUGGUUCACUUUUCAGGGAUAGACAUAAUUAUUGUGUGAAGGGAACACAUUCACCUCAAUACAGUUCAUGUUUUGUGUUUUCUUGACAUUUGCAUUGUUCAUUUCACUGCAUGAGUGACUUUUCUUUCAGUUAACUUGAUUCCUCCCCACUUCCCAAUCCAUCCUUUUAAUGUGUUUUUGAUACGCCAGUCUCACUUCACCCUUUCCGUACACUGAAUCAACCUAAUCACACAGAUACCGUGGCUCACUGAUCAAUAUUGCACUGACUGAUGGACAGUUGUAACCAUGGUUUCUGUUCAGAAGUGUAGAGCUGUUUGUUACCUCAGAACACUGGGGAUCAUUUACUGAAGAGGUCGGCCAUUUUCACCUGUCAGCAUACAGUACCUUACUGGUCCUUCAAUCGGCACAGCAAAUGGACCAGCUCGUUAUCCUGUCAAUUUCCAUGGAGGAAGAAUCAAACAACUGAUUGCAGAGGAUGCGGAAGGAUGCACAACGUAAAGUCAAGGCAGAACCAGGGAGGAGCGAUGCCCGGCUAGACAACACACAGCCAACCACGCACAUCUAGCUGCUAGCUCAGAGCGACCCCAUCCCGUCAGCAACACCGCUUCACUCCUAUAUAUCCUUGGCUUAGCAACCCUUCCCCUGUGUUACAGUAGUGCAGCACUGAGCCAAUGGGGGAGUCCCAGUAGAUUCAACCAAGCCUGGCCCAUGUUUGGCACUCCUUUCACUUCAGGUGACAACUGCCAGAGACUGUUACAAGAUCGCAUUACCGCUGGGCUCCCCUCAGUAGAGGGACAUCACCUGUCUUGACUCCCACUCACCUCAUUCAACCCCCUGUCGCUGCCACUCACCUCAUUCAACCCCCUGUCGCUGCCACUCGCCUCAUUCAACCCCCUCUCUCUGCCACUCGCCUCAUUCAACCCCCUCUCUCCCACUCAGACCAGUGGGGCAGUAGGGGUUUUGGAGAUGAGGGGGGAGUGUAGUCUCUCAGACCAGUGGGGCAGUAGGGUUUUGGAGAUGAGGGGGGAGUGUAGUCUCUCAGACCAGUGGGGCAGUAGGGUUUUGGAGAUGAGGGGGGAGUGUAGUCUCUCAGACCAGUGGGGCAGUAGGGUUUUGGAGAUGAGGGGGGAGUGUAGUCUCUCAGACCAGUGGGGCAGUAGGGUUUUGGAGAUGAGGGGGUGUUAAUCAAAGGUUAUUUAAAAACAGUCACAGUGAUCUUAGAUUUGUUCUUUGCCUGUUUAUUUAUUCAAGAACCCUUUUUGAAGAAGAUCUAGGGAUGUUGUCUGGAUUGAAGCAUGGAUGAACUCUUGAGUUGAGAAGCUUAAUUUAACCUUUGUGCCCAUUUAAGCAAGGAGCCAUGAAAUGAUGCCUCCGUAGUGGGAUACAGCACUUAAAACACAAUGUCCUCCCCUCCACUAAUGUAGGCCCUGCAAAAAGACUCCUUUCCUAUUCACACAAAGUAGUCGCUAUACAAUGUAUAGAAAAGGCUUCAUAUGGUGUGUGAGCUGGAGUCGUUGAGAGUGAAGCUAAACCAGUCAUUUAAAGUGAAAGAUGUAUAUUUAUUUUUUCUAUUUUCAGGGAGGGGUACUUGCGCUAUAGAAACGAGGCUUGUUGACAGUCUGCCCUGUAAGAAACAAUGUGGAAUGUUCCAGAAGUCAACAUACUGCUGGCCAGAACAUUAUCACGAUUGUCAGGUAGCUUCUUUUUUAUUUCUGUUCAGUAUUGAAGUACAUAUACACCUGGAAUUCACUAACUUGAACCUGCUAGCUUGGUGGUGUAACCCCUUGUAAAGGACUAGGACAGUUAACAUAUUAGUCUCAUUGUGUUGCUAGUUUCUUGUCCUAAAGGACUAGGACAGUUAACAUAUUAGUCUCAUUGUGUUGCUAGUUUCUUGUCCUAUAGGACUAGGACAGUUAACAUUUUAGUUUCUUGUCCACAAGUGUCAUGGUUCAUAAAUGGAAUGGUGUUGCGACCUGUAUAUCUGAAUGUGACAGUGUGUUGAGAUGUCCUGUACAACUAAUAUCUAAUAGAAAUUUAGACCGCUGUGACGUUGUAUGACGCAUCAGUGGAUUGUCAUUUCUACAUGUCCCAAGUAGGUGGAGUAAGAAUGGCGUUCCACUAUACUGGAGGAAGAGACUUGUGCAUUGCUCCAAAGGACAGGGAUUUAGACUUGGUUGAAUGAGAAUCGUAUUGCCUUGGGGGUAUUAUAAAGCCACACAAGCAAGUACUUUCUAUCCAGCAAAUUAAAGGAAAAAGCUCUUGAUUUUGUGUUAUUUUUGGAGGACAUCCUUUCUUUGUUAGCGACUCUUUGAUUGAGUUGUUUUUUUGUUCUCCAGAACGGCAGUUGCUUCAGUUGUCUCAAUUGGUGCUUAUGAAAACAUCCUUUAUCCCUUGGGAACAAAGACACUCUUUCUGACGUCUUAAAUUACCAGAUCAUGUCUCGUCUCCCUCACCUUCCUCACGGGCCCUCUCGUGUCACUCAAAACCCUCAAAGUAUCAGUCACUGGUACUUGCAAGGAUGUUUACAAUGGUUUUCAUUUCUAUGGUUGAGCCCUGUCUCCUGUGGUCUCACCCCUUCCCUCCCUCUUCUCCUUCAUCCUCCCCUUCAGGAGUUUAUGUAAAGUGUGCAUUACCACCACGGUUCUUUUUUUAUACAAUACUGUAAACUUGCCUUUGUACAUUUGGGCGGAAAAUAAAUCUUUUUAUGAGACAAUCA